AAUUAUUAUAUUAUCCAUCCGUGGAAAACGUUGCGUGCACAAUUCUAUCUCUUCAUCUUCAUUAUAUUUACUCAAUUUGUACAUAUAUAUCUCUCUCCCAGCUACCAUAUUUCCAGAUACAGAGUUGUUUUCGUUGUUAUUUUUAGGGUUUGAUUUUCUGAAUUUGAAUUUUGAAUUUUUUGUUUUUAAAUUGUAUUAAUCAGGUUUUCAAUUUUUUGUUUGUUAGAUUUUGAAGAGACUGAUUCUCAUCGAAGUCGUCGAUAAAAGUCGGUUUCUUUGAAGGGUUCUCUUUGGGAAAUCAAUCUAAGAUUGUUUAGCUCAAGGAGUCCCGAGGCUUCAAUCCAUUGUUGUUGCAUCCGAUUUUUUUCUUCGAUCUUGGCUCAAUAUAGUUCGAGCAAACUGAUUUUUCGAAAAUGACAAUUGUAAGUGUCAAGCCUGCCACAGAAAGGAAGUCAAAAAAGAACAAGCAACCGAUUGUUGACGAGAAGUCACCAUUGUUGCCCACCAAGCACAGCGAAGAUGGUGGAUUCGACGAAUUCAACGGAGCUUCUUUCAGUGGGUCGGUUUUCAAUCUGUCGACAACUAUUGUCGGGGCUGGAAUCAUGGCUUUGCCCGCAACUAUGAAGGUUUUGGGACUUAUCCCCGGUGUUGUUGUAAUAAUAUUAAUGGCAUUCUUGACAGAGUCCUCGAUCGAACUUCUGCUCAGAUUCAGCCGCACGGCCAAGUCAGUUUCUUACGGAGGUCUUAUGGGGGACGCGUUCGGUAAUUACGGAAGGAUGUUGAUUCAGCUGUGCGUGUUGGUCAACAACAUUGGUGUGCUCAUAGUGUACAUGAUUAUUAUAGGUGAUGUACUUUCUGGAACAACAUCGGGAGGAAGUCACCAUGCUGGUGUGCUCGAAGGUUGGUUCGGAGAACGAUGGUGGAACGCUCGAUUCUUUGUUCUCCUUAUUACGACCCUUGGCAUAUUUGCCCCAUUGGCUAGCUUGAAGCGAAUCGAUUCAUUGAGAUACACAUCUGCUCUAUCAGUUGCACUGGCUGUUGUAUUCCUCGUUAUUACCGUGGGGAUUACACUCUUCAAGCUGAUAAACGGAACUAUUAUGAUGCCUAGGUUGUUUCCGGAAAUUACCGAUCUAACCUCGGUCCUCAACCUCUUCACCGUAGUUCCUGUUCUUGUCACUGCAUACAUCUGCCACUACAAUGUUCAUUCAAUAGACAACGAGCUCGAGGACAACACACAGAUAAAAGCAGUCGUAAGAACUUCACUCGCCCUAUGCUCGAGCGUAUAUGUAAUGACGAGCAUAUUCGGAUUCCUUUUAUUCGGCGACGAAACUCUCGACGAUGUCCUUGCUAAUUUCUCGACGGAUCUCGGAAUCCCGUUCGGUUCGUUGCUAAACGAUUCCGUCAGAGUCAGCUACGCAGCUCACUUGAUGCUCGUUUUUCCUAUUGUGUUUUAUCCCUUGCGGUUGAAUUUGGACGGGCUUUUAUUCCCUUCGGCGCGGCCUUUGGCUUCGGAUAAUUGUAGGUUUGCUUACCUCAGCACAGGGCUUAUUGCUGUCAUCUUCGUCGGGGCAAAUUUUAUACCGAGUAUUUGGGAUGCUUUUCAGUUUACCGGAGCAACUGCAGCUGUUUGCAUUGGUUUUAUUCUCCCCGCUGCUAUUACUCUUCGGGACCGAUAUGGAAUAGCAGCAAAGAAGGACACAGUAUUAUCGAUUUUCAUGGUUGUACUCGCUGUCUUUUCGAAUGUGGUUGCUAUAUACAGCGAUGCCUAUUCAUUGUUCAAAAACGGGCCUUCUCACCGCGAAUGAGGGGUCUCGCCCAAUUAAGCUAUUUGUUUUAGCUGGAGACUCGGAUUAAUUAUGGCCCGAAUUAAGAACCGGUGAAAAACGGUUAACGGGCUAAAGCCCGAGUUUCAGUUUGCACAAACAUUAUAUAUAUAUA